AUGGCCGCGGCGGUGGCGGUGGCGGAGAGUCUGCAGUGUUCUGGGGGGGAUGAGGACGGGGGCGCACGCAUUAACUCUCUGAUAGCAAACAAUACCUACGAGGCUGCCUACCCUCUUCAUGACGGUGAAUACGACAGCCCAGGGGAUGACACGAAUGACAGACAGCUGCUGUAUCGAGAAUGGGCACGCUAUGGAGUGUUUUAUAAGUUUCAACCUAUCGACCUCAUCAGAAAGUAUUUUGGAGAAAAAAUUGGACUAUAUUUUGCCUGGCUGGGAUUAUAUACAUCAUUCCUCAUUCCAUCUUCUGUAAUUGGAGUGAUCGUGUUUCUUUACGGAUGUGCAACAAUCGAAGAAGAUAUUCCCAGCAAAGAGAUGUGUGACCAGCAGAAUGCCUUCACCAUGUGUCCCCUGUGCGACAAGUCCUGUGAUUACUGGAACCUCAGCUCAGCCUGUGGUACGGCAAAGGCAAGCCACCUGUUUGACAACCCUGCCACCGUCUUCUUCUCCAUCUUCAUGGCUCUAUGGGCUACCAUGUUUCUUGAAAACUGGAAGAGAUUACAGAUGCGGCUGGGCUACUUCUGGGACCUGACUGGUAUAGAAGAGGAAGAAGAACACUCCCGGCCUGAGUAUGAAACCAAAGUUCGAGAGAAAAUGUUGAAGGCAAGUGGCAAGUCGGUUGUCCAGAAAUUGGGUACCAAUAUGACAGAGAAUGAAGAAGAGGAUGAUGAAGAUAAGCUGACCUGGAAAGAUCGUUUCCCGGGUUACUUGGUGAACUUCGCCUCCAUCUUGUUCAUGAUUGCCCUGACGUUCUCCAUUGUCUUUGGGGUCAUUGUGUACCGCAUCACGACCGCUGCGGCCCUGUCUCUCAACAAGUCCACGCGCUCCAAUGUCCGGGUGACAGUGACAGCAACAGCAGUCAUCAUCAACCUCGUGGUCAUCCUCGUCCUGGACGAGAUCUACGGCGCAGUGGCCGAGUGGCUCACCAAAAUCGAGGUUCCCAAAACAGAACAGACUUUUGAAGAACGCCUGAUACUCAAAGCUUUCUUGCUAAAGUUUGUCAAUGCCUACUCACCCAUCUUCUAUGUGGCCUUUUUUAAGGGGAGGUUCGUGGGCAGACCUGGAAGCUAUGUUUAUGUGUUCGAUGGUUACCGCAUGGAAGAGUGUGCUCCAGGGGGCUGCCUCAUGGAGCUCUGCAUUCAGCUCAGCAUCAUCAUGUUGGGGAAGCAGCUGAUCCAGAACAACAUCUUUGAGAUUGGAGUCCCGAAGCUAAAGAAACUAUUUCGGAAGCUGAAAGAUGAGACAGAACCUGGAGAAACUGACUCUACCCACUCAAAGCAUCCAGAGCAGUGGGACCUAGACUACAGCUUGGAGCCAUACACUGGACUGACUCCAGAGUACAUGGAGAUGAUCAUCCAGUUUGGCUUUGUCACCCUCUUUGUGGCCUCCUUUCCUCUGGCACCUGUGUUCGCCCUCCUCAACAAUGUCAUUGAAGUACGGCUUGAUGCAAAGAAGUUUGUGACUGAGCUGAGACGGCCAGAUGCCGUGAGAACCAAAGAUAUUGGGAUUUGGUUUGACAUUCUCUCUGGGAUCGGCAAGUUCUCCGUCAUCAGCAAUGCUUUCGUCAUUGCCAUCACCUCCGACUUUAUCCCCCGCCUUGUGUACCAGUAUGGCUAUAGUCACAAUGGGACCUUGCACGGCUUUGUCAACCACACCCUCUCCUUUUUCAACGUCAGCCAGCUGAAGGAAGGAACGCAGCCAGAAAACUCACAGUUUGACCAAGAGGUUCAAUUCUGCAGGUUUAAGGAUUACCGAGAGCCGCCGUGGGCCCCGAACCCAUAUGAGUUUUCCAAACAGUACUGGGCCAUUCUGUCUGCCCGUCUGGCUUUCGUCAUCAUCUUCCAGAACCUCGUGAUGUUCCUGAGUGUCCUUGUGGACUGGAUGAUUCCCGACAUCCCCACGGACAUCAGCGACCAGAUCAAGAAAGAGAAGGGCUUGUUGGUGGACUUCUUCCUGAAAGAGGAGCAUGAGAAACUCAAGCUGACGGACGAGCCGGCCCAGAGGAGCCUGGGAGGGGGGCAGCGCAGCACGAGCCGGGCGCCCAGCUCAGCACCCUCGGGCCGGAGCCAGCCGGGCAGCAUCGCGUCCUCUGGUUCUCAGCACACAAACGUGUGAGUGAGCCAGCCCCGCUUGGGGGCUGCCGCAGCAGCCAGGAACCUCACAGAGAGCGGCUGUGCACCUGCUUGGGCCUCCUGGUCCACCUCUGCCGGGGUCCAGCCUGCCGGGGUCUUGGCAAGGUGUGCGUGUGCAGAGAGAGAGAGAGGCUAGAGCGAGCGAGAGAAUGAGCACAGGCAGGAAGAGAAAUGGGGCUGCUUCUCAGAAACUUCAAGCUUAAGUUUCUUUUAGGUCCUCUUUGUAUCCUUCUGGGGGCUUGGGACCCUAUUUUGAGUCACUUGGUGAAAGAACUGGGCGUCUUUACCCCCAGGCUCCCAGGCAACAUGAGCCUUCCCUGCGUUCCCUCAGGUGUCCUCUCUCAGGUGGCCACAGGCUGGGAGAGAAGUGAGCCCCCAUCCUGAGGGAUCCUUCACCCCUUCCCACCAUCUCCCUGAGCAGACCCCUCUGAGUCUUUGCAGCCGGGGCUGUCACAGCCCCACUGGGUGCAAAUUAAGUCACAGGGCUGAUUGCUGUGGCCACUGGACUUGAUGGUGAGUGGCAGAGGUCCAAACCCGGGCUUGUCUCCAGUUCAUGUCACAGGGAUGCUUUGAGCUUGUGCAACUAACCAUCACUUAACGCAGGUUCAGAUCUAAAGUAAUAAAAUAAAUGGAAACUUCCUUUAUAAAGAUA